AGACAGUGCAGGGGAGAUCCGAUUCUAUCUCAGCCAGGGAACAAGUUACAUCCAUCCUCUUAACUAUAUAUGUAAUUCAGGGGACGGAAUGAAACCAACCUAUCUUUUCCCUGUCCACGACUCGUCAUUGCUGUAUCGAGAGGCAACGGUUCAUACGUGGCACAAGCUCUUGUCCAUCCUCCCACCUGGAUUCGAACUUGCCGUCAUCAUCACUUGCCACCGCAAGUAAAUCAAUAUGAUUACACCAGGAAUCUCUUUCCUUGGUCGCAUAGUCGUAUCGACAGGCUCUAUAUGCUUUGGCACUGUCUUCUUAGCGCGCUUGGCGACAAAGUCGGGUAUAUCCUUGCCACCGUGGAUUUUGCUACUAGGUGCGACCAGUAGUUUACCCAUCGGGUUUGCAUUGCGCAUUCUGUACGUCAGCAUUAUGCGCCGCCGACAAGCUGCAAGGAUGGGUGCCUGCCUUGCGUCCCCUCUUAGGGGCAAACAACUUGGUAACCUCGAUAUCAUGCUCGCACUGGUCCAUCAAUUCAACAACGGUUAUCCUGGUGAUGGAAUGGCAGAGAUCGUUGCAGAGACAGGAACGUGCUUUAACUUUCGUGUCAUGUUCGAGGACGUCAUCUUUACCGUAGAACCCAGUCACAUCAAGACCAUCUUAGUAUCCGAUUUUGAAAACUACGUCAAAGGGGAUAAGUUUAAGAAUUCGAUGUCAAGUGUCCUCGGAACGGGUGUUUUCAAUUCUGACGGUGAAAUGUGGAAAUUUCAUCGUUCUAUGACAAGACCUUUCUUCAGCCAUGACAGAAUACGUCACUUCAAUAUCUUUGAUCUUCAUGCAGAAAACGCCAUCUCCCAGAUGAAAGCACGUUUCCGUUCUGGAUAUCCCGUCGACGUCCAGGACUUGAUGUCACGUUUCACGCUUGACUCUGCCACGGAAUUUUUAUUCGGAAAUUGCGUGCAUAGUCUUUCCGCAGGACUACCUUACCCGCAUAACGUUGCAACAACGGAAGCCCUUACUAAGAAAACAAAGAUAGCUGAAGACUUUGCUCAGGCGUUUGCCGAUGCACAGACAAUUGUUGCCCAGCGUUCCCUCAAAGGUUGGGUCUGGCCCUUGUUUGAGAUCUUCAAGGACAACACCACAGCACCUAUGCGAAUCGUAAAAUCGUUCAUUGAUCCGAUCUUGAAAGAGGCUAUUGCCAAGAAGCAGUCGCAUGCCAGUGGAGAAAAGAAUCUUGAUAACGAAGAUGCGACAUUAUUGGACCAUCUUGUACAGACGACGACAGACCCCGUGGUACUAAGAGACGAGAUCCUGAACAUCCUGAUCGCCGGAAGGGACACGACUGCUUCGACGCUUACUGUUGCCCUGUAUUUGCUUUCCACGCACCCGCAUGUGACGACCCGCCUGAGAGAGGAGAUCAUGACAAAGGUUGGACCUACUGACAGGCCGACUUACGAUCACAUCCGUGAUAUGAAGUACCUUCGUGCUGUUAUUAAUGAAACUUUGAGGCUUUUUUCUCCUGUACCUUUCAAUGUUCGCGAAAGUGUCAACGCAUCCACUCUACCUGCAACCGGUCACUUGAAUAAGCCAAUAUAUGUCCCCCCAAAGACAAGUGUUAGCUACUGUGUUUUUCUAAUGCAUCGUAGAAAAGAUCUUUGGGGCCCUGAUGCUGAUGAGUUCGAUCCGGACCGCUUCCUCGAUGAACGGCUGCAUAAAUAUCUUACGCCUAAACCUUUCAUCUUCCUCCCCUUCAACGCCGGCCCUCGCAUCUGUCUUGGGCAACAGUUUGCUUACAACGAGAUGUCAUUCAUGCUCAUCCGCCUCCUCCAAUCCUUCUCUUCUCUCACUCUCCAUCUAGAAGCGCAACCCCCAGGCACUCUUCCGCCCGCUGACUGGGCUCAAGCAGAAGGUCGUAAAUCACGCGAACAGUUCUGGCCGAAAGUACAUUUGACGAUCUAUGCUCAUGGCGGCCUAUGGGUUCGCAUGACUGAAGCUGAGAAGGCUGAUUGAAUGACAUAAUGGCAUGUUGUGGAAGUGUACUACUAGUAUUGCAAUCGCAGACCUACAUUCGAAAUAAUCUGUAUUGUGAUAAACUUUCUAUCUCUCAAACUGUAGUUCUCUCGAAUGCUGUCCUUUUCUUUCAAUAGUGUGACCUGCGAUGAUUCGCAGAAUCUUCAUUGCAUCAUUGGUACCAUGGAUGUGUUGUAUCGUAGUGUAAUGUAAAUAUCGUCAUGUAAAUAGCA